AGACGUUGUGAAUGUAGAAGAAAGAGGAAAAGAAAUGUUUAAAAAGUCAUGACGGUGAUGAAUCAACGAAAGCAAAGUGGUGGUAGUGGCUUUUAAGAUGAGAUAAAGUAAAAGAGUGAUUAGAGGAAAUAAAUAUAUUAUUGAGGUGUAGGGUGUUUCACUGGUAACGCGUACAAAUUAAACGUGAAAGUAAGGGUACGUGUGAUUGAAGGAACAGCCGGAGUGAAGAAGUAGUAUUAGAACGUCAGUGUGGAGUUGAUAGAAGAGAAAGCGAGAGAGAGAGAGGGAGGAGAGUGUGUGUGCGUGUGUGUGCGUUCGUGAAAAGUGAUUGUGGAGCUGUUUCAUUCAUUGAUGUAGUAAAGCGGCAAGCCUCCUAAAGCCAUUGAACUGUUUGCUGUCUUGUAUGUAGAUAUACACACAAUACACUCGCGUGCGAACGCGAGUGCGUACCCCCCCCCCCACACACACAACACACACAUACACAACAUACACAACACACACACACACACCACACACACACACACACACACGUUGUAUGUAAAAUUUAGACGUUGGCUCGCAUAACUACUUUAAUUUCACUUUCUGAGCGUGCACUGAUAAAUGUGGACACGUAUACAAAUAUAUGAACAUGUGUAAUAUACAAGUAUAUUACACAUUUAUAAAUACUCGCACACGCACACCUACCUGUCAUAUAUGACACACUAUCUUCGCUGUUCUCCAGUCAUUCAGAUAAACAAAACCAUCACCAACAAACAAACACUUUCUAAACAAACAAGUUGGGUUUCGGACGAAAACAUUUACGGCGACGUCGUUACAAUAAACAAGCUCGCACACAGCUAUCAAGGACCAUAGUGUGGACCAAGUUGUUUAGUAGUUCGUAGUUCAAAGUCCAUAAGAAAGAUACUUUCAUUUAACGUCUCAUGUCAAAUGCGGACGUUUCUCUAAAAAAAAAAUAAUAAUAAAUAAAUAAAUAAAUACAAGUGACAGACAUUCUUGCUCUAACGGUCGAGCUAAACGGAUUUACGUUACUGUUGUUCAGGCACAGGACAACUAUGGUGAAAGUCAACAAAAUGGGUUACUUGAAGAGUGUCCUGUUCUGGCUACAACUGAUGUUGAUAAGCGGUACAGGAUCUUUGCCCGUCGAAUACUGUCCAAAAUCAUGCGUUUGCAAAUCUGGAUAUACAUCUUGCUCCCGACUGAAUGCCUUUCCACUUGAUCUGCCUUCCAUAUCCAAGUCAGUCUUACUGACUGAAAUGUCAAUAGAGGAAAUCCCAGCAAAUGCCCUGCUUCGGUUUCCGGAUCUAACUUUGUUAAGGAUCGAAAACAGUGAUAUACAUGUAAUCCGGAGCGAUGCUUUUAAGAACAUCUCUAAUUUGGAGGAAUUGUCGUUUUCUGUUUGUAAUAUCGACCGAAUAGAAACGAACGCUUUCAACCAUUUAUGGAACCAGACUGUGAUCCAGUUCCAUAAUGUGACUAUUAAAACUAUAAAAAAACAUGCAUUUAGCAACAUAUUUAAUCUCAGAGAAUGGACUAUAUUCGAAUCAACCAUUCAUGAUUUCCAGACGGAAGCUAUUCAUCAAGUAUCCAAUGUCUAUACGUUCUCCAUUUAUUCUAAUCAGAUCGGUCGCUUAGGAACGGCCAUCUUUUCUUCCGUAACCAACGUCAGACAUGUUGAUUUUUUCAUGAACGACAUCACCGACAUCGGUUGCAAUGUGUUCGAUUUUUCGACCAAUGAGUUCUCCAACUUUGAGUUUUAUGGUAACACAUUCACAUGCGGCUGCAACCUGUUCGGUUUAUCGAAAGGAAAGAAAGCCAUAUAUUAUACUUCGUCGUCGUCUUCUACUAAACGAGACUCACCUGUUAACAAUAAUAAGAUGCUUUCAAGGAGAGUCGAUUCAGCGGCGUAUAACAGCAUCUCUCUUGACAAAUGGUCAUUUGACGAACUUCUUUACCGAAACUGGUGUGUUUUCAAAGAUUUAAAGCAGAAAAUAUCUUUGGAAAAUUACCGCUCUUCGGAUGAGGUGAUUUGCCAGGACAGCCCUUGUUUCUCAUCCAAGGGAUUAAAAAAAAAUAUUGACAUUUAUAGAUUGAACAAUCGGGAGCCUUCCAUACCUGUGGUUAGGAGCGGAAGUGUGAUAUUAUAUGGUAUUAGCACGUGUUUUACUUGGUCCUUAUUGUUGACAUUUGCUUGUUAAAGAAACAAUUUACUACUUCGGUUUAAUGUCACAUCUGCCGUGCUUAAGAGUCCAGUCCUUAACCUCUACAUAUGUUCUUUCUUAUUGAAUUUUGUUCUUUAAAAAAACAAAACAAUUUUCUCACAUAACCCCCCACCUUUCCUUUCCCCACAUCGUUACAACGCUUGUAGAAAAGAAAGCUGUAACCCUGUUAGCACUAACAAAUUCUUAUAACUCCUUUGUAUAACGAAAGCUUUACUCACUCACUCAUUCUCUCCCUCUCUCUCUCUCUCCCUUCUCUCUCUCUCUCCCUCUCACUCACUCUUACCCGCUGUUCUAUCUAUCCGACUGGAUAGUUUGUUGUGAAAAGCGUCACAUCCGGCAUCCAUUACACUUUUAAUUUAUAUAAUGAAUACCGUGUAAAUAGCAUUGUGAAUACGACGAACUUCACAACUGUGAAUCUGCUCACGCGUGCGCGUGCGCGUUGUGGUUACCUUCAAUGUAAAGGUUUACAGAUUUGUUUCUGCUUAAACACUGAAUGUUUAUGUUACCUGUUUGACCGUCUUUCAGUAAUUAACUAAAUGAGAUAAUAUUGAAUGACUGCCAACAGACGCUUCCCAGAAUGUUUCCAGCGGAAACAGUUGAUGGGGAAACUAUGAAAGAUGAAACAUUUUUUGGUUUUGUUAAUAAUUUAGUUUACAAAAAUACAAAACAAAUAAAAAUAACAUACAUUUAUAAAUUAUUAACAUCUAGUUUCAGAAGAGAUGUUAAAAUACUUUUCGAAGCAAGAAUUAGCAACUUUACAUUUGUAUAAAAUGUUUCUAAUUAUUGCUGAGUACAGCGCAACGCGAAACCCCGUAUGCGUGUGCGUGUGUUUACAUUAUUAAACUGCUUCAAAUACAAAAUUUAAAUUUUGUUUUCCUCGUACAACGCUUUUGCACAUCAGCAAAAAGAUUUGUCACGGAAAGAGUCGAAUUUUUGUUUUGAUAUUGUCGAGUUAUAUCGAAGGAACGCUAAAGAUUUUAUGGCAUUUGUAAACAUACUCUGGCAGGGUGUUGCGAGUCGUUUAGGGAGUGGAGGAGCAUGUGACACUGGAGAAUAGAAGUGACUGAGAAAUAUCGAUGUCUGUCGCCCUCUUUCACUUCGGACGCGAUUUCGUUUCGCCUAGUUUUGAGAGAAUACUGUUUUUUUUUUAUUAACACGAUACCUCUUUAAAGAAGUCUCCCUUAGAUGAAAUACUGCAGCUUUGAGGUGUUUGCUUACACAUAUACCUUGUUUCUGAUAUUGGCCAUGUUGGACCGUUAGCUCCUACACGCAUUUUUUUCUCUCCUUGUUUCUUUUCUGUGUAUCUUUCUGUCGAAGAGCGUAGGCUCGAAACGUAAAAAACUUGUUUUAUUUCUAUUCCUGAGCGC